AUGAAGAAGUAUCUGAGUGGCUCAAUCACAGAUCUCACACAAGCGGAAGCAAGAUCGUAUGGCAAGAUCACGGCCGACUACGAGGUAGACGAGCAGGAUCUACUCUUUUACUGCCCCCCGACGUCGAGAUCGGGAGACGAUCGCGACCGAUUGAUGAGAUUGGUAGUUCCCGAAAACGCUACAGUCGGACGUUUUACACCACUACCACACUACGUUGGAAGGAGGACAUCAAGGAGUGGGGCGAACCUACCAGCGGAUCAGGGAUCACUUCCAUUGGAGAGGAUUAUACCGGAGCGUCUAGCGAUAGGUGGGGGAAUGCGUGGAUUGCGAAACAGGAAAAGGAAAACCGGUGAUCCGGGGCGAAUCACCAGGAACUUGCAGGCGACAUACUCGUUCCAGAUCAUUGCGAUGGAUCACUACCCAGAUCACACAAAGGAAACACCGACCAGCUCGUCCCGAUCGGCCCAGACGGUUGCAGAAUCGUACGAGGAGUGCGUGUUCCGGCGAUUUGGGACCAGCGAGAUGAUCCGGCACGAUCGAGAACCCGGUUUCAUGUCCGAUUUCCUCCGGGCGUUUAACAAGAUCUUGGGGCAACGGCAGCGGGCGACGAUGGCAUAUCGUCCACAGGCCAACGGGACUGCUGAGAGAAUGGUGCAGACCGCGACCAGAGUGCUCAAGAUGUACGUUCGCGAUCUGGAUCAGAAGGAUUGGGACGAAUAUGCUGAACGCCUCACCUUCGCGAUCAAUACGGCUCAUGAUCGGAUCCGAGGAGAUACCCCCCACUAUUUAGUACAUGGGUGGGAUCCGAGAUCGACUUGA